AUGGCUCGUCCGAACGAGACACACUACCACGGCCUCGCCAUCAACCCGCGAAUGCGCAUCCACUGGAGCCUCAAAGACCGGAUUGUUAUCCUCAGUCACAUAGCCAAGCGCGGGCUUACAAAUCUGUCUGGCAUAGUGGAAGAACAGCGUCAGCCGGUCGAGCUACCGGGGGGACGUUUGGACGAUAAUACGGUUGUGCUUAUCAAGCCAGGAGCUAUCCUCCCGGCCCCGGCUGCGGUGCCCGUGACUGCCCCUGAGUCUUUUCUCAACCCGGGCAUGUCUCCUUUCAUUAAGAGACCUGGCUUCAACACCACCGGCAAGCCGGUUAACCUGGAGGUCAACCAGUUCCGCGUCAAGCAGUGGAAUAACAAUGUGACAAUCUAUCAAUAUGAUGUCACCAUCUCACUUCCCCCCCUGAAGUACAACGUCGUCUUCAGGAAGUGCUAG